AUGAAAUUCCUUGCCCCAAUCACACUACUCGGCCUUACCUGCCUCCAAACGGUAACAGUAUCCGCAGCCCCCGCCUCGAAGGAAUGGCGGGAAAACAACAGACUCGAACAGACCGGAGCGCCCAGCUACAGACGCAGUGAAUCAGUAUCCACAUCUGGCGGUACGAUGGUCAAGUUCCGCCGCGGCGCUCCAGCAGCCGGCGCACCUGGCGCGGCACCAGACGCGGCGAAAGGUGGUGCGGCCGCCGGUACUGAUGCCCCGGGCGAUGAAGCGGCGGCCGGUGAUGAUGCAGCACCGGCCGAUGAGGCAGCGCCGGGAGACGAAGAAGCGCCGGCUGAUGAAGCGGCACCAGGCGGUGCGGAGGGUGGUACUGCUCCUGCAGCAGGAGCACCGAAAGAUGCAAAAGGUGCUCCUGGGGGUGCUCCAGGGGGUGCUCCUGGGGGUGCUCCUGGGGGUGCUCCUGGAGGCGCUCCGGGCGGUGCUCCGGGUGGUGCUCCGGGCGCUCCAGGCGGUGCGCCAAAAGAUGCUAAGAGUGCCCCAGGUGCCCCAGGUGCUCCGGAUGCAGCAGGUGGUGCUCCUAAGGACGCAAAAGGUGCUCCUGGAGGCGCCCCAGGGGGUGCUCCUGGAGGCGCCCCAGGUGGUGCUCCCGGCGGUGCUCCAGGUGGCGCUCCAAAAGAUGCUAAGGGCGCUCCAGGUGCCCCAGGUGCUCCAGGUGCUCCAGGCGCCCCAGACGCAGCAGCUGGUGCUCCCGGUGGUGCACCAAAAGAUUCGAAGGGUGCCGCAGGUGCUCCAGGUACUCCAGGUGCUCCUGCUCCAGGUGCUCCAGCUCCAGAUGCGGCAGGCGGUGCAAAAGGUGCCCCCGGAGGCGCCCCAGGCGGUUCUCCAGGCGCCCCUGGAGGUGCUCCUGGUGCUCCUGGUACUCCAGGCGCCCCAGGCGCUCCAGACGCAGCAGGUGGGGCCCCUGGCGGUGCUCCAAAGGAUGCCAAGGGCGCUCCAGACGCCCCAGACGCAGCAGCCGGUGCUCCAGACGCAGCAGGUGGUGCUCCAGGUGGUGCGCCGAAGGAUGCUAAGGGCGCUCCAGGUGCCCCGGGUGCUCCAGGCGCCCCAGAUGCAGCAGCCGGCGCUCCCGGUGGUGCGGCGGAGGAUGCUAAGGGCGCUCCAGGCGCUCCAGAUGCAGCAGGCGCUCCAGGCGCUCCAGAUGCAGCAGGCGCUCCAGGCGCUCUAGAUGUAGCAGGCGGUGCCCCCGGCAGCGCUCCAAAGGAUGCCAAGGGUGCCCCGGGUGGUGCACCAGCUGGCGGCCCAGACGAUGCUCCAGGAGAUGAAGCCGCUCCAGGAGAUGAAGCAGCCCCCGCAGACGAAGCCGCCCCCGCAGACGAAGCUGCCCCAGCCGAUGAGGCCGCUCCAGCAGGCGAGGCCGCCCCAGCAGAUGAGGCUGCUGGCGGUUCAGAUGAUUCCCCAGACGCAGGUGAUGCUCCAGGUGAUGCCCCCGGCGGUGCCCCCGGCGGUGCUCCAGGCGGUGCUCCAGGCGGUGCUCCAGGCGGUGCUCCAGGCGGUGCCCCCGGCGGUGCUCCAGGCGGUGCCCCCGGCGGUGCUCCAGGUGGUGCUCCAGGUGGUGCUCCUGGAGGUGCCCCAGCGGGUCCCCCCGGCGGUGCUUCAGGUAACCCAGGUAUCCCAGCCCCCGGAUCUCCAGGCGCUGCUCCUCUUCCAGGCGCUCCGGGCUCUGGCACAGAGCCUUCAGCCGGCGGACGUCCAGGUGGUGGUCCAGGAGGUCCAGGUGGAAAGCAUGGAGGAGGAGGAGGAGGAUGGGGUGGAAAACAUGGAAAAGGAGGGGGAGGAAAGAGAGGUCACGGUAGAGGUAAGGGUGGUCCCGGUGGUCCUGGAGGUCCCGGCGGUCCUGGUGGUCCCGGCGGUCCUGGAGGUCCUGGCGGUGCUCCAGGUGGUGCUCCAGGCGGCGGUCCAGGCGGCGGUCCAGGCGGUCCUCCCGGUGGUGCUCCUGGCAAGGGACACUAG